AUUCUUACUUGUACGUUUUAUAUUUUAUAAGAAGGAAUAAAUCGAAAAGUAUGUGAUAUUUAACAAUUUUCUAUAUUAUUCAAAAAAAUCAGUGUAUGUAGGUUAUAUUUAUACUACUUUUGCCUUUUUAAAACUACCUGUUUAUUAUAAAAUUAAAAUUAAAUAUUUUUUAAUAACUUACCUUGAAAGUUGUUAUUAUGGCAAUCAAUGAUUUUACAAUUGCUGUGGUUUGUUCAAGCAACAUGAAUCGAAGUAUGGAAGCACAUGCUUUUUUAAGUAAAAAAGGUUUUAAUGUUCGAUCAUUUGGAACAGGCGACAAAGUGAAGUUACCCGGAACAGCACCAGACAAGCCAAAUAUUUACGAUUUUGGAUGUUCUUAUGAUGAAAUUUAUAGAGAUCUGUAUAACAAAGAUAAAACAUUUUAUACACAAAAUGGUUUGUUAAAUAUGUUAGAUAGAAAUCGGCGGAUAAAGCAACAUCCAGAAAGAUUUCAACAAAGUAAUGAACAAUUUACUGUAGUUAUUACAUGUGAAGAGAGAGUAUAUGAUCAAGUACUUGAAUAUUUUGAAACAAUUCAAAGUUUUGGCAAUAAGCCAGUUCAUGUAAUCAACAUUAACAUUCAAGACAAUCAUGAAGAAGCAACAAUUGGAGCAUUUCUAAUUUGUGAAUUUGUUACUUUGUUGUCCAGAAGUGAAGAUCUUGACAAUGAUAUUGAUCAAUUAGUUGUUAAAUAUGAAGAAAAAUGUCAAAGGUCACUACUCAACUGUGUACUAUUCUAUUAAAUAUUAAGGGAUUAAAUAAAAAUUUAAGUUAAAUACUGUGA